AUGGACUGGGGCACAGACCAGGUCGUCGUGCUGGUGUUUGCCCUCGGGGGCCAACACUUCUUCAACAAGAUGCCAGCGGGCAGAAUCGAGACCGACGUCAAGCUCUCCCUGACGGGUAUCAUAGGCAGCAAAGUAGUACACUACUUCGCACCGCUCUUCGACCAGGCCACCACCGGAGGAAAGUACCCCCCACCUACAGUCGCAUUCCUACGCUGCGAAGACCGGGCCACAAGAGACACCAUCCUCGAAGAACCGUUCAUUGCGGUCAACGACUGUGUGGCAUAUUGGCCGACACGCCUAGCGACAACCCCAUCCGAGGCAAAACGAAGCUGGACUCUUGCGUACUUCGAGAUGUCGGCGACGACGGACACAAACGAGAUGACCGGACAGAUCCGCAGCGCGGUGCGAGAGAGAAUGCACACGGACAAAGAGAUUGUGCGAUUCCUCGACCGCAUGACCCAGGCAAUGACCGGAUCACUCCACAAGCGCAUAGACUUCAUCGCACUCACCAUAGACGCGGUAUACAAACACGACGAGAACAAAUCCAUCAUGGUGGUUUACAUGGACUCAGCAUACGGAACGGAAGACGAGCAGCUCACCCUCCGCGGGAUGCUCCGGGCCGAAAAUUACAUUGUAAGCGCAAUCCGAUACACCGCCGUCGUGGACAUGUACGAUGGCUCCAUCAAAACAUGUGUGAUAUGCAAGCUCGACGACCACCCCUCACGAAUGUGCCCGUUCACAGCAGCCAAAUGGUGGGGCCCACCCGACCAAUUCUCUGGGCUCCCCCCCAACCACCCCCUCAAGAUAGCGGCAAAAACACAGCACCGCAACCAACCCCUGAGAGGAGGACCCAGCCGAGGUGGAGGCCGAGGUGGAGGCCGUGGAGGCCGUGGAGGCCGAUUCAGAGGAAGAGGCGGCAGAUGA